GGGCCCGGGUAUUGUGCAUGCUGGCGCACUUUCAGACUGUCUAAAUCUCUUCCUCUGUGACUGAAAACAUUUAUUAAAAUGUGUGUCACAGCAGUAGGCUAGUCAUUACUGUAACUUCUGUGAGCGUCCUUUUCCAGUUUGGCAUGUCUGGCAAGAGAGUUUUCCCUUCGCCUUUUUUUUUGUCCCUUGUUGCACCCUGUAGUGCUGGGGACGGGUUGCCUGGAGACGGCGGAGACGAUUGGGAUCAGCGAUGGAGAAGUAUGAGAAAAUAAAAGUUGUCGGAAGAGGAGCUUUCGGGAUCGUUCACCUGUGCCGCAGGCGCAGCGACGGGGCCUUUGUCAUCCUGAAGGAGAUCCCAGUGGAGCAGAUGUCACGAGACGAACGUCUGGCAGCUCAGAACGAGUGUCAGGUCCUGAAACUACUCAACCAUCCAAAUAUCAUAGAGUACUAUGAGAACUUCCUGGAAGACAAGGCCCUCAUGAUAGCUAUGGAGUAUGCACCAGGUGGAACCUUGGCUGAUUACAUACAGAAGCGCUGUAACUCUCUGCUGGACGAGGACACCAUCCUUCACUUCUUUGUACAGAUCUUACUUGCCCUGUACCACGUCCACAACAAACUUAUCUUGCACAGAGACCUUAAGACACAGAAUAUUCUUCUUGACAAGCACCAGAUGAUCGUCAAAAUUGGUGAUUUUGGCAUCUCCAAAAUCCUUGUCAGCAAGAGCAAAGCUUACACGGUGGUCGGGACCCCAUGCUACAUCUCCCCAGAGCUGUGUGAGGGAAAGCCGUAUAAUCAGAAGAGUGACAUCUGGGCUUUGGGCUGUGUGCUCUAUGAGCUAGCGAGCCUUAAGAGAGCCUUCGAGGCUGCUAAUCUACCCGCUCUCGUUCUGAAGAUCAUGAGCGGAACAUUUGCUCCAAUUUCAGACCGGUACAGCCCCGAGCUCCGACAGCUUAUCCUCAACAUGCUUAAUCUGGAUCCAUCCAAACGGCCUCAACUCAAUGAAAUAAUGGCUCUUCCCAUAUGCAUCAGGCCCCUGCUUAAUCUCUACACGGAUAUAGGCAAUGUCAAAAUGCGCAGGAUUGAGAAACCACUGUCUACUGUGCAUACUGGUCCUCAAGGUAGACCAGGAGGGAGAGUUCCUACUAACAGGUCCAGAGACGGAUCAGUCAGUUUGGGAUCGGGGAAGCUGCAUUCCCUCCCGCUGUCCUCGGUGUAUACGUGGGGAAGUGGAAUCUCAGCGCCUCUCCGCCUGCCGAUGCUCAACACUGAGGUGCUUCAAGUGUCUCUGGGCCGCACCCAGAAGAUGGGGGUGACCAAGUCAGGGCGUCUUAUUACAUGGGAGGAAGGAACAGCUGUGAUCUACUCUGCACUCCUGGGUCAACUUGUUGAUGCACCAUCAGUGGGGUCAGGUGAGGCCAGUCUGCCUGGUGUUGUGGAGCAGAUGCAGCCUCAGUUCAUUUCACGUUUCCUUGAGGGUCAGUCUGGAGUCACCAUCAAGUCUGUGUCCUGUGGCGAUCUUUUUACCACCUGCAUGACAGACAGGGGCAUUAUCAUGACGUUUGGAAGUGGGAGCAACGGCUGUCUAGGACAUGGUAACUUCAAUGAUGUAACGCAGCCGAAGAUAGUUGAGGCACUCCUCGGCUACGAGCUGGUUCAGGUGUCAUGUGGUGCUUCCCACGUACUCGCUGUGACCAAUGAAAGAGAAGUAUUUGCCUGGGGAAGAGGAGACAAUGGUCGCCUUGGGCUAGGCACCCAAGAUACCCACAACUCUCCACAGCAGGUGUGUUUACCUGUGGAAUUUGAGGCCCAGAGGGUGGUGUGUGGAGUUGACUGCUCCAUGAUUAUCAGCACCCAGUACAGCAUUGUGGCAUGUGGAAGCAACAGGUUCAACAAGCUCGGGCUGGAUAAAAUAACAGCUGGAGAGGAACCAAAUCCCUCGAAUCAGGUGGAAGAAGUUUAUUCUUACACUCCUGUCCAAUCAGCCCCACUCAGCAGUGAGAAGAUUGUUUACAUUGACAUUGGGACAGCCCAUUCUGUUGCUGUUACAGAAAGAGGUCAGUGUUUCACCUUUGGCAGCAACCAGCAUGGCCAGAUGGGCUGCAGUUCCCGUCGUAGCAGCCGUGUGCCCUACCCGGUGCCUGGGCUGCAGGGCAUCACCAUGGCUGCCUGUGGAGACGCUUUCACCUUAGCCAUUGGAUCUGAAGGGGAGGUGUACACCUGGGGAAAGGGGGCCCGCGGCCGCCUCGGAAGAAAAGAGGAGGAUUCUGGGAUACCGAAGGCGGUGCAGCUUGACGAGAGUCAUCCAUUCGCGGUGACAUCAGUGGCUUGUUGUCAUGGCAACACUCUGCUGGCAGUGAAACCUUUACUUGAGGAACCUGUCCCGAGAUGAUUUUGUUCUAAAAACGAACCCACUCAGCGUUCGUCAUGAAGCCCGGCGGUGGCAUGAGGUGAAGGACAGCUUUCUCUGAAUAACUCCUCCCAGAGGCCCGUCUGUGCUGCAGUUGAAAGAUUCCCUUUCAUACUGCAGCUGCGGCCUCAGACUUUCACUUGGUCUUGCUCUCUAUCUAGUUUUUCCCCCCCUCCAGGAAUGAAUGUUUAUUUCAUGCGUGGUUUGAUGUCAUGCACCUUGUGCUGCAGAAGGAGUAUCUCACAACAGGUGAGUUAAAGGAAUGUUGCAACACUGUUACUGAAGCUGGAUUACAGGAAGCCAUUAGGAAGCUUUCAUGCGGUGAGCUAUUGUCCUCUCUCACGUGCGGGGUUAGCAUGAUAAAGACCAGUAAAAGCCAAACUGGUUUGAGCUCUCCUAAGCCACUGGUGAAUGAGAUGAUACAAUUCAAAGAAAUGAAAAGAAUGAAAACCACUUGAGUGUUUAGUAACUCAUUAGUCAAAUGAACCAAACACAUUAAUCUCGAUCACGUCGUCAGUGGUCACAUUGUGUUUUAUUGGAUUAGUCCUUCAAUACAUUUGUAACUCGUUCAAACCAGAUAACGAUGUGUUGUUUAGGAUUCAACUGAACGUCUUCAAGACUUAAUGACUGUGACUGUGUCCGAAUUCACUCCCUCGUUCACUCAUUCACUGCUCCCUAUAUAAGGAACACUCAGUAGUUUUCUCUAUAGUGAGCAUUAAAUCGUGAUUUCAGACACGUAUGAAGACAUCUACAUUUUGCUUCAUCAUUUAUUAAAUGUGACAAAUGGCAUUGUGGGAUUGUUAGCAGAGAGUAGUAUACAUACCAUGUUUUUGUUCCAUUGUAAGAAUCUUUGAGGGCUUAUAAUAGUAUAUAUAAAUGUAUAUAUAAUGUAUUAUAUUUUACAUGAGAUGGUGUAUGUAUGCGUGUAUAUUGUGUAAACUGUAUUCAUGGGAUGACCAAAGACUGUUAAGAACAAAAACUGUCAAAGUGGUGGAAGAAGUACUCAGAUCUUUUACUAAGUAGUGAAAGUAGCAAUACCACAGUGUAGAAAUACUACAAGUUAAAGUCCUGCAUUCAAAAUUAGUACAAAAGUAUUAGCAUCACAGUACAAGUAAAGUACCAAAAGUAAAAGUACUCGUUAUACAGAAUGGCCCAUUUCAAGAGAAUGAAUAUUAUAUUAAUGGAUUAUAAAUGUUGAUGGAUAAUUAUUGAUGCAUUAAUGUGUGCAUCACUUGAAUGUUAUAGCUGGUAAAGAUGGAGUUAAUUUAAAUUACUUUACAUACUGCCGGGUAGGUUAAUCUAUAAUAAUACAUCAUAAUUUAUUAGUUGAUUAUAUUUUGUAUUGAUAAUCUUAAUCUGCAAAGUAAUUAGUAAUUUAAGAUGCCAAAUAAAUAUAGUAUGAAGUACCAUAUCAUGGAAAUACUGUACUUGGGUACAGUAUUGAGUAAAUGUAAAUGUUUUUGUUGUUGUUUAUUUCACACUUGCUUUGGCAAUAUAAACAUCUGUUUCCCAUGCCAAUAAAGCCCCUUUGAAUUGAAUUGAAUUUUCUGGUGUUAAAGCUUUUAUUGUCUUGAUUUAAAAAAAAAAAAAAACACUACAAGACAGAAUGAUUCUCACAAGUGUCAGAAACGAUGUUUUAACAGCAUAAAACAUGCAACCUGUGAUAUUCCCUGUGAUAAACCUUAUGUUAUAUGAGAAGGUGGUUUCACAGUGAAGAGUUCUCAACUAAGAGAUGCUGAAGUCUUCAGACAGAGACAAUCUGUUACAUCUCUGUUACCUGCUUUUUCAGAGAGCAUGAUAUUUGUAGUGGCUGCUAAUGGAUGUAAACAAAACAUUAAACAUCCGUAUCCUGACUGUGAAGGUUGACUUUAAAAUAAAACAAGUUGUACAUCACCAUCUUAAAAUUAAUAACUAACCAACAGUAAAAUGCUGGAUUUUUCAGCGACAGUCCGAUUAGCUUUGCUUUUAAUUUGCCUCCACAGUCCCCAUUAUUCUCGAUCACACAUUAAUCUGUAUAAUUUUCACACAGCUGUUAUCAGAAUUGUCUUUUAUUAUAUUUUGUUGUUAUACUGUAGAUUAAUAUGCAUUUUUUCAAGAUUCUAAUAAGAAAUCACCUUUUUUUAAAUAUAAUUACGUUUUGGGAGUAAUUAUUUAUUUAAGAUGUGUUCACAACUUUUCUGAGGACAUGGAUCGUUUACCUUUGUUGUCUUGCAUGAUGAUGUAAUGAUGAUGUAAUCCGGUGGCAAUACAGCAGGUGAAAAAUGAUCUGAACAUGCGGAUGUGCUCUUUAUUCCUACUAUCAUACAAUUAUGUCCAGUUUGUUUUUUAAUGAGUGUAACAAUGUAAGUCAGGUUUUAUUUUAUGUAGAAAAGAAACAUUUUAACAUGAAAUACAGGGAGAAAAUAUUAAAUUUCUUCUUUUUGUCUGCCUGCUCUACCACCAGAGGGCACCUGCCACCUCUGACUCUACCGUGGGCUUCUGUAUCAGGACAAUUUGUAUAUUAAUCUUACUUACAGCUCAACAACAAAACAUUCGUCACCUCUAUUUUGUUUUUGUUUUUUUACUAAUUAUAACUAUAUUUGUUUAAUAUUUCUAAAGUCAUGGCCAUGUUGUGUGUACUUAUUAAGGUAUAUAGGCUUGUAUCUGCCAAAUAAAUAAUACAUAUUAAAUAUGAA